CUCCAUCUCGAUUUCCGGUAUCAAGCUCCGUGUUCGGUCUUGGCACAGUCCCUGUUUCUCGGUGUAUUUCCACCACUUGGAGUGCUGUUAAAUAUCAUAACCUUGAGUUGUGGCACUUUCCUUACUCAACACCGAUACCACAGCAGCAUGUUUUCAGCUCCGGGCCACCCCUCUUGUAGCUCCUCGGCUACUUAGUUAGCUCCGAGUAGCCGCUAAUGAGAGCAACCGGCGGGGGCAGCUCGGCCACGGAAUGCCUCGGAGAAAGAAAAACGGCCAGAGCCCGGCCAGAGUCCCCGGCAGGCCGUCAGAAGGGGGAAGUCUCGGCCACAACGCGGGUUACCGACAACCUCAGGGAUAUGACGGUGCCAUGGCGAACAACUUUCCAUCCAGCAGCAGCGGCUCUCUCCCCAGCUCCACUAAGGAGAAAAUCGUUAAAAGCAUGCAGGAGAUGUUCUCACACCUGGACCCUGAAGUUAUAUACAUCGUGCUGUCCGAGUGUGACUUUAAAGUUGAAAAUGCAAUGGACUCGCUCUUGGAGCUGUCUGUGGCUGCUGAAGUUGCAGCCCCUAUUCCCUCUCCUGUCUCUGGCUUUGAACGCACCGCUGCAGCCCUGCUCAGCCCUCAACACUUUUCUGAACCUAGACAGGACCCAGACUCCUCUAGGCUGUCGGAGCAGCCCUCCUCUCCCCCCUCCACCAGCCUCCUGACCGAGGAGCUGGAUCUGCUAGUUGAUCAGGAGCUAGAGACACUGACUGCACAGCAAGAUGUUAAGGACAAACACCUCAGCAGUCAGUAUUUAUCUGCUGGUGUAUCCCUUUCCUCUUUCCCUCCACCACCCUUUCCACAGCAACCCCUCCCUGAGCUGCUUCAGUCCAGCCUGAGGCCCAGAUCUAGAGAGCCCUCUGGUGAGCAGGCAUGUCCAGUGGGAGGCUUAGUGCAGCACACGUCUGGAGCUUCCUCUCCGCUCGACCAGCUCAGCUCGUGGGACGACGAGACCAGUCAGGGCCAGCAGUCAGUGGUGAAUUUCACACAUCUCCUGACAGAGACACCUGUGGACAAGCCUAAACCUCCUUUGGACCUGGCAGCUUCAGGACGUCCCUCUGCUUUUCAGGUGUAUAAAAAGCAGGACCCAUCACACAGUCUUUCACAGCAGGCCGUGGUCAUGCCCUCUCACACAGCAGUUGGAGGAGCAAGAUCUAAGCUGAACAUUUUGAAUCAGGAGCCGCCUGGCUACGUGUCUUCACCCUGGAACCUGGAGGCACCUGUGUUUUCUCCCCAGAUCCAUGGAAACCAGGGGCCAACCUUCAUUACCCCCGUGGCUCAAACACCUUCCACAUGGCCACGUCAACCCAGGCAUCCCUCUCCCUGGCUGACUCACGCUCCCAUCAGUCAAGCACCUCUCAGACCUUCAGCAACUAUUCCAAAGUCCUGGGCCCUGCCUGCCGCUCCACAGCUUCCUGCCCGGCACAGCAGGCUUCGUUUGGAAGGGAGGGUGCUCGUGCUGCUACGUGGUGCUCCAGGAUCUGGCAAGUCAACCUUGGCAAGGGCCUUUUUAGAGCACAACCCAGGUGGAAUUAUACUGAGCACCGACGAUUACUUCACUCGCAAUGGAGAAUAUCAGUUUGACCCCAUCGCUCUAGGGGAGGCCCAUGAGUGGAACCAUAGACGAGCCAAGGAAGCUUUUGAGAGGGGCACUAACCCCAUCAUCAUUGACAAUACCAACAUGCAGGGCUGGGAGAUGAAACCCUAUGUGUUUCAGGCACUGAAACAUGGAUAUAAAGUGCUGUUCCGAGAGCCGGACACUUGGUGGAAGAACAAGCCCAGAGAACUGGAAAGACGCACCACACAUAACGUCCCAGUGGAAUCAAUCCGCCGCAUGCUAAAUGGAUAUGAGCGCUUCGUCACAGUCCAGUCUAUUAUGGGUUCACAGAUGCCUGAGAGCAAACAGCGCCUCCUUCUGGAGAACAGGAGGUCACAGCUGGUGUCCUCUGAAACACCUUGUCCUGAUCUGGUAGGGCAGCCUGGAUUAACUGAGGAGUAUAAGAAAUCCCACCCUCAGCUGUUUUCCUCGCUCCCUGACGUGUCGUCUAUCGGCCGCUCUAGUGAUGUGGGAAAGCUGGAAGACGGCACCCACAAAUCUACUGAGUCGCUUAAUUUCCAACCUACUGGAAGAUCCACAGAAGACCCUGAAAUCUCAGAUGGGGAUGAUGACAUGGAUUUGGGGGAUUUAGAUUCAGAGUUGGAUGCUCAGUUACAGCUGAAUCAUUCAAUAGGAAAUCAGAGGAUCCCAGACUGUAUUGUGGAAUCGGUGAUGAAUGAAGAUCACCGUGGGGAUGAAAUACCUGUGGCUUUCUCUGAGUCUAUUGCACAGAGGGUGAGGAGAGAAAGGCCAAGCAGGAGGUCUGGUUUUGACAGGAUGGAGCCUGCAGACCUGGUCAAAGAUGCUAACCAAUCAGAGAGCGAGGCAGAGGAGAAAGAAACGACAAAGGUAGAGGAAGCGGAGGGAGCUGUAGUGAGAGAUGAGGAAGAAAAGGGAAUGCCUAAAAUGUUAGAUUUUGUAGGGGACUGGCCUUCUGAAGGGUCCCUCAAGCAGCGACAGGUGAGGAGAAGAGAGAGGCAUAGAGAAGGAAAUGGGCCAUAUGAUGAGGGUGUGUCUCAAGAAGUUGAUGAAAAUAAAAUAAAAAUGCAGCCUGGACCCGAUGUAACAGAGUUUCAGAAGGUUCUUGAUCUCAUUCAGACGGGUGUAGGUGCCAUUCAGACCGGCUCUUCCUGUUCUUCCUCCCUCUCCCUGAGUUCUGGAGAGGAAUUACUGAAAGAGGAUGAGGCAGGUAGCAGGUUUCAGGAAUCCCAUGGCAGUAAAUCUACCAGUGAAGAGAGAGACCAGAACAUGAGCAGGGUUAACGACAGCAGAGGUGAAUUACCAGACUGUGUGUUAGACUGGAAGGCAGCUGACUCUUGUAGGGUCAGGAAAUCGAGAAUUGAUGAUUGGGAAGAAAACACUGAAAAUGAAGCGAGUAGUACCACGGUGGGGAAUGAUCAUGUGUCAGAAACUGGCAGAGAAACAACCAACAGUACAGAUCCUCCCUCAGCUAUUUCUGCUAGUUCACUGGUACUUUCCAAAGCUGCAGAGACAAACAUGUGCCACGAUGGUGUGGGAAGCCACAACAUUGAAGGUGAGGUCAGUUCAGAGCCUGGUGAUAUGGAUGCUAAUAGCUGCACAGAGGAUGGUAGAGACACUAGAAGUGAGGCUGAUGGCAGCCAUACUAGUGAGGUGUGUCAGAGUCCUACGUUUGAGGGCUCUGUGGAAGCAGAAGGCACUACUUUCAUUGGAGGCAGUCAGGAGAGAAAGCAGCGUCAAGGUCGUAGAUUGGGGAAGCAGUGCAAGCUAGCCCUCACCUUCACUCAAAACUGCCCUGCUUCUUCAUCAAAUACUCUUGAAUCCCCCAAUAUCACAGCUCAAAACAUAGACACUAGUCAGAAUAGCAGUAACACGGAUGUUGAACCUAGCUCUAAUCCUAACUGUAACACUAGCCUUAACCUGAAACCAAGCUUUGACCUGUUCACCGAGUCCAAAUCUGAGGCACCCCUGCAGCCUCUUUCUCCCCCUCCUUCUCUGGCAGACAGAGGAUACUUCACCCAGACAGAACCUCAAGACUUUGCUCUUCUUUGGCGUCUAAAUCGCCAAGACAGCCCUAAUGACACAGUGGUCACUGCGUGCAGCCACUCCAGUGACUUCACAGUUCUUUAUGGUGACUCUUCUCGCUUUGUGCCGGAGCUGUCUUCUGCAGUUUCUGCAGCGGUUGCAGUUCACCCAUCCGGCCACAAAGAGGUACCCUACCGUGUGGUGCAUGAGAAAGGCACACAGGUGGAGGAGAAGGAGCUUGGGGUAACUCAAGACCGGCUUGAGAGCUUGUGCAUUCUCAGCCGUCAUUUUAAACUGGUUAGUUUUGAUACAUUAGAGGAUCUGUAUGACAAAUGCCAUCAGGACCUAGAAUGGACCACCAACCUCCUGCUGGACUCUGGAGAGAGGUUCUUUAAAGAUGAGGAUGGUGAGGAGGAGGAGGAUGCUAGGGAUGAAGAUCACCAGAACAUAUCCAGUCAGUGUGGAGCUUUAGGUGAGGUUUUAGAAGCCAGUUUGUGUCCUAAUGUGUUAGCUGAGUGCUGCUCUGAAGAUUUGCCAAAGGGAGGGCCAGCUGGGUUCGAGGAAGGGGCUCAGCAGUUAACCUCUGAGUCAAAUGAAAGCUCCAGUAACACUGACUUAACAAGUUUGGAAGGUGUAGCUGCUCCAGUUAGAAACAAAGAUCUUCCUGAUACACCCUCACACUCUGAAAAAACUCCUCAAACAGAACUUAGUUUGCCUACAGCAAUGAAAGAAAGAGAAAACACUGAACACAAAGUGAUAUCAGAAUCCGCCCUAGACGGUGGCGCCUGGGGUGGGAGCUUAGAUGAUGGAGUAAGAAUUGAAGAAUCAAGGACUGAGAUUGAAGAUGAGAUUGCCAGCAUGGACGAGGUUCACCGACUGCUGCAGGCUGAGCUAGAGGAAAUCGAGAGGGAGGAAAAACAGAGGAAGGAGGAGAGGACUGAAAGGAGGCUCAUGGAGGAGAGGAGAGGACAACACCUCGACAUUCAGAGUGUGGAGCUGAAACUACCCACUGAGGUGGCAUUACAGCUAACUGAACUGUUUGGUCCUGUGGGAGUAGACCCAGGUACAUGCUCCACUGAUGACUUUGCAGUGCAGAUGGACCUGAACCUGGCUAAACUGCUCCACCAGAAGUGGAAGGAAACGAUCCAGGAAAGGCAGAGACAAGCAAAUCUUUCCUUCCACUUGCUUCAGGAAAGUUCGGUACACUGGGGUGAAUCACAGGUGGCCAAACCUGGGUCACAAGAGCGAACACAGCCAGCACAUUUCCUCAUCAGUGCAGAUGGUUACACGUCACUGGACAACCAACCAGAGGCCCGUGGUCAGAUGCCAUUCAUGGACCACUGGAAUGUGUCCCAGCCACAUGUCUCUCUGAGAGAUAUUAUAAAGGAGGAGCAGGCUUUGCAGGAGAAUGUGGAGAAGACGAGACAAAGUCGUGCAGACCUUGACCGGCGGGAUGGAGCUACCCGGCUGAAAGAGAACCAGCUGUUCUCCCUCUUCCCCACCAUUGACAGACAUUUCCUCCAGGACAUCUUCAGAGACCACAAUUACAGCCUGACACAGACUGAACUGUUUCUUCACUCUCUACUGGACGAGGGACCCGUCAAGACGGUUGUCGCCCCAGAGGCUCCUCGGUCUGACCACCACAGAACAGCCAGCAAGGAGAGGGAAAAGAGGCAUAAGGCCCUAGAGUCAACCAUACCGGACUAUCAGGAUGCGGAGGACCCAGAAUAUGAUGACUUCAGGGCCGAGGCCAGUCUGCAGAGGAGCCGACAGCUUGAGAGUUUCUCCAAGGCCGCUGAGGCCUACAAGCAAGGACGCAAAGAAGUGGCCUCAUUUUACGCACAGCAGGGACAUAUGCAUGGCCAGCGGAUGCGUGAGGCCAACCACCGUGCAGCAGUUCAGAUUUUUCAGAGGGUUAACUCAUCACUGCUGCCACAGAACAUCCUGGAUCUGCACGGACUACAUGUAGAUGAGGCUCUGGAGCACCUGGCCCAGGUCUUAGAAGACAAAACCACAGAAUGUGAGCAGGGUCUGUGUCGACCUCAGCUCUCUGUCAUCACAGGAAGAGGGAACCACAGCCAGGGGGGCGUGGCCCGCAUCCGCCCCGCCGUUAUAGACUACCUCACUAACAAACACUACAGGUUCACUGAGCCAAAGCCAGGUCUCGUGUUGGUCUCUUUGAAGUGAAAAGAACCUGGUUUAUUGGAUUCAAACUAAAGCUGCUAUGGAGGACAACACUCUCUCUUUAUCUCAUCCAAAUACAAUUAUUACAGCACAUACAGUAUAAUACACUCUGCCUCCUUGUUUCUUACUUGUGAUACUUUUUUAUACUCAUCCACAAUUUCUCUCCAUCAGUCAUAUAGCUGCCAGUGUUUUAAUUUAAUUUAAUCUUGGUUAAAUUGCAGUUUAGUUGAGAUCUUAAUCCAAAUUCAGAUCUUAAAUCAGUUUUCUGUUUGUGUUUAUGGAAGAGAGCUGCAUCGGCAUGAAACGCGAAUAAGGUAUUUUAUGCAUCUGUAAAGCUACAAUGUAUGUACUGUAUAUUUUAUAUUUUAUAGAUGUUUUAUAGUGUGGUAUAUUUUGAUUUACAUUUCCCUUUAUGCCUUUUAAAGAGUACUAAAAAAAUCCCUGUGUUUAGAGGGCUCCAUGCUGGAUAAGGUGUUGUUUAAUGAUUUUGUACAUUUAUUAAAUUUGGACUCAUGUUUGAGACAUAAUGUAAGUAUUUUAUGAAACUUUAUUUGAAUCAUGGCUGCAUUCUUUCUGCUUGGAGGUUGUUCUCUAGGUUUUUAUAUAAUGCCACUCUUUUUGAAACACAAUUUAAACAUUGUAUUCUGUACAGAUAUUUUCCUCGGGAGAAGUUAUCACAACGACAAAUGCAUAAACGGAAGAGAGUCUCUUCUCUUGGUUUUAUCAUUACAGUUUGUCUUGCUCAACAUGAGGAGAGCCUGAAACCUUCCAGAUGAUCAAAGGCAUAGUUCAAUACAUAGGUUGAACAACCUCAUUAAAUAGUUCUGCAGUGAUCGCUCUUUUGUCUUAGCAGCUGCCUCUGCAGCACACUGUACACUGCAACUGUUCAUUUACUUUAGCUUAAGCCAAGAUUAGCUGCUAAUAUAUUCAUAAUUAAACUCAGGUAUAGACUCAACAGUGUUCAUUUUUUUCCCUCUCGAUGCCAGUCAAUCGUUUCCAGCCUGUUCCUGGUCGCUUCUUUAACAUAUUGUGCCAAAUAUUGUAGCAGUUGUAUUCCUCAGGUGGCUACACUAAUUUUGUAGGUUUAAAAUUGAGUCUGUUUUUCUACCUGUGUGAUGUUUCUCACAAAAUUAUAACAACAAUGUUGACAGAUUUUACUGAUUGUAUAUAAUGUUGUGAACACGUGAAAUAUGAAGAGAAAAUUGUAUUUUUUUAUUCAUUUGUUCAAAGGGGUUUACAGAGAAUAUUGUGGAAUAAAAUUCUAUGUUAACAGUU